UCACACACUCACUUUCACCGACUCACCUCACAAGCACCUCAUCAAACACCUUUGAUUCAUUAUCUCUAUGCGCAGAGGUGUCGGCACUUAUUUAUUGGACCCACAUUUGAAUAAUCAAAUCCCUCCCAACCUCACUCGCAUGUGCCCCAGCGCUCUCUCUCUCUCUCUGUGUUUGUGUGUGUGACUGUGUGUAAUUCAGAUGAAGAAAAUUGAUUAGACUUCGAAGAUCAGAAGAAAUCGACAAUAAGAAUGUAUGCAACUGACAAGAUGGAAUUUUGAAUCUCUCUCUCUCUCUCUCUCAAAGUAUGGAUCCAAGAACUCGUCUUGAUCAUGCUCUGUUUCAGCUCACGCCAACCAGGACCAGAUGUGAUCUGGUUAUCUUUGCUGGUGGCGCGAACGAGAAGCUUGCGUCUGGACUACUUGAACCAUUCCUUUCGCAUCUCAAAUCCGCAAAAGAUCAGAUUCAGAAAGGCGGUUAUUCAGUUACUCUUCAACCGCCUUCAAGAGCCACCGAUGUUUCGUGGUUCACCAAGGCCACUUUAGAAAGAUUUGUGAGAUUUGUUAGCACUCCUGAAGUUCUUGAGAGAUUUGUUACAAUAGAGAGAGAGAUUGAACAGAUUGAGAAUUCGGUUCCGUUAACCGUGGCCGCAGAGACAGAAGGAAAUUUGUCAAACGGAACCAGUGAUGCUGCACAGGAAGAAAAUCCCAAAGUCCGUCUUCAACGUGUUCUGGAGGCUAGGAAGGCAAUGCUCCGGAAAGAGCAGGCAAUGGCUUAUGCUCGUGCUUUAGUUGCAGGGUUUGAGAUGGACUAUAUAGAUGAUCUCAUAUCCUUUGCUGAUGCUUUUGGAGCUUCGCGUUUAAGGGGAGCAUGUGUAAAUUUCAUGGAAUUGUGCAAGAGAAAGAAUGACGAUGGGCUCUGGAUGGAUGAAGUAGCGGCAAUGCAGGCAUCUCAAGCAGAAUUGUCAUACAUGGCAACAUCUGGAAUCAUUCUUGCUGGUGAAGAUUAUGGUCAUAGUCAAGAUUUCAUGAUAAAUGUCCAGAAUGGUGGCCUUUCUAGCAGUAAACAGAAUGCCUCUAUAGAUGCGUCUGAUUCAACCAUAAGUCACGGAAGUUUAGACAUUAACCAAGAUAAUAGCUUGCCAACAUCAUCUCAGAUGCAUACAACAGAUGCAAAAGCUCAAAUACCAAUGUCGUGGCCAAACCAUCUACCUCAGUACAUGCACAAUUUCCAAGGUCCUUUUUAUCAACAAAUGCCCCCAUAUCAAGGCUAUCCUUUUCAAGGCAUGCCGGUUGCCCCUCCUUACUAUCCAGGGAAUAUGCCAUGGCCUUCAAAUGUGGAGGAUUCUGCUCAAGGUCUUGAGCGGGAACCAGAUGACCGUCGGAAUCAUAGAUCAUCUUCCAGGAAUAGAGAGAAAUUUUCACACGGGAAAGGGUCAAAAAUGUCAGAACAAGGUGAUAACACUGAGCCCAGUGACUCCAAUACUGAGAGUGAUUCAGACGAGUAUCUGCAGCAUGAGAAAAAAAUUUCUUCGACUGAGCAGCUCCGGAAAACAAAGAAAGGGAAAAGGUCCUCAGGAAAGGUAGUUAUUCGUAAUAUUAAUUACAUCACAUCAAAGAGAGAUGGGGGAAAAGGCGGUAUCUCUGAAGGAGAUUCAUCUGAGGAUGAAUUCAUUGAUGGAGAAUCUCUUAAACAGCAGGUGGAGGAAGCUGUUGGGUCACUGGAGAGACACCAUAAAUCAACCUCCCGUGUUAAUAGGAAGCGAGAAGGGAGCCAGCAACAUAGCCUUGUGAAUGGAUCACGUGAUGCUGUCAAUAUUAACGAUGUAGUUGAAAAUAAAUCUGAAGGAGCAAAAGGAAAUGAGAACUGGGACAUUUUCCAGAACAUUCUUUUGAAGGAUGCAGAUUCAGGAUCUAAUGGUAUAGAUUCGCACCCUGUACAGGUUCAGGAGGAGUAUUUUGGAAAUAAGAACUCUGGGGAAGGAGUGCCAAUUGCAUUUAACAUGGAAAUGGAUGAAGUGACAAAACAUCAUGCAAUUUCAAGUGAUUCCUUUGUUGUGACUCAGAGGGGUACAGGUAAUGAAGGUAAUAAUAUCCUCAUCAAAAAUCUUGAAGCAGGAGAGAAUAUCCGACAAGUUAUUAAGAACAGGGACGGCACUUAUGAGGAGUUGUUAUUUUCUCAGAGAAUUGAAGAGUCAGAAAACUAUUCACGAGCCACUUUAUCUGAUUGUGCCACUGAAGCCUCCACUGUUAAGAUCCAAAAAGGAGGAGACUGGUUCCUCAGUGGCCAACCCAAUACGUCAGCAGCUCAGGAUAAAAGCUUAGACUGCAGUAUAUUUGAUGGAGAUCACACUUCAUCAUUAGUGGGUGAUGGCAACCAGAGUCAGACAAAUAGGAGGGAUGCUUUUGUGGACGACUCUUUCAUGGUUCAAGCUCGCCAAACCAGUUACCCAUAUGACUCUCAAAUGACGACAGACAUAUGCAUGGUCUCAGACAUUAUUGGAGCGACCGAACAAGAAAAUAGCAAACCAGAUAAUUUACAAGAGAAGGUUGAAGCCACGAGUGUUUGUGAGCCGGAUGACCUUUACAUGGUGCUUGGAAGAAAUUCAACUGCUGAGCAAACAGUGACAACUUGGAAUCCUGAAAUGGAUUACGCAAAUAACAAUUCAUUGACUGAAGCAGUUAAAAGGCACUCUCAUAGUGAAUCAACUGAAAGCGUUGAUGCUAAGCUUCCCUCUAAUGGGAAGGCAACCAACAGUAAAACUCGUGGAGCUCCAGAAGCAAAAGUUUCAAAUAAAGAAGCAAGGUCUAAAGCAUUAGUUGGAUCUCUUGCAAAGAGCAAAUCUGAGAUAACAUCAAGGGGCAAGAAACCAUCUUCUGUAAGCAGAACCAUGGUUCAGAAGAGCAAAUCUGUGAAGGAAGAAGAAAGUAGAAAGAAAAAGGAGGAAUUACUGACUGAACGUCAAAAGAGAAUUGCUGAAAGAAGUGCUGCUGGUGGUUCUACUCCAGCAACAUCCAAGAGGAACUCAAAAGAGACUAAGACAGCUAUAGCUUCCGUGAAAAGUGAGAAGCUAAAAAGUCAAUCUUCAAUUGAGGAGACAAAGAAAUUACAUAAACCAGUCCUUCGGAGUUCCACCAUAGAUCGUCUUGCAGCUGCACGGAUAAGUCACGAGUUGUCAUCAGCUGAAUCAAAAUCCAAUCAACCUAGAAAAGCAGCCUUGAAGGAAAAUGGUGUGAUGGGUACUACGAUAUCACAGAAGAGUGCUGGGGCUGGGAACAAGAAACAAAGUGCUAACAAGGUUAGACCUUCAGAUAAAAAAAACAGCCCAAAGGAAUUGCAUUCUUCUCUCUCUGAUGCCCAGGAGAAGAAGGAUCAUGUAGAUGCCAUAGCACCAAAAUCAGUAGAGCUGAGAAGUGCCCAAGCAACUCAAGCUUCUUCUGAUGGCAUUGAUGAUUCUGAAAACAUUAAGGAGUUAUGCAGCGUGUCUUCAAUCGAGAAGAAUGGAGGAGACAUGAAUUCAGAAAGAGAGAAUUUGGAUGACAAGAGCGGCAACAGGAUUUUACCCAACGGAGACUUGCGUGCGCCUUCUGAAGAUUUCUCUCCGGAGUAUGACAAUGGGGUGAUAUCUGAAGGAUCGAUGGCUCUUCAUGAAGACACAACAGUUUCUAAAAAUGGUGGUGAGUCUAUUACUUAUACGACUGCACGUGCUCUGCCCACAUCGCCUGACAAAGCUUUGAACAAUUUUGAGAAUGGUUCAGCAAAUGAAGACGUUCCUGUCACGCCAGAAAUUUCUGAGAUAGAAAUAUCUACUCCCCCACCAAAUAUUGAAAUGAGCCCUGAACCAGUCUACUCCAGGAAGAAAUGGAACAGUGGUGAAAGCUCUCCUAAAGCUGCCAAAGGGUUCAGAAAGCUCCUAAUGUUUGGUCGGAAAAGCUGAAACAUAUUGUGAACUGAUCUUUUUUAGACUUUGUUUAUUCUAUGCUACACAAUUGUGUUACAAAGCCAUUGGAUAAUUCUUCUCUUCGGAAAAUGGAGCAGGGUGUGAAUCCACCUAUUGAAUUGUUUGAUUGACCGGCCAAUGUGCUCCAUGUAGCUUCCGGAUGGAAGAAGUUGGAUUGCUCUCAUAAUAAGGCCGUGGGUUUUGCUGCCGUAUGGAAGAGUCAUUUUGUAAUUUAUCUGGUUACAGUACAGAGGGUGUAAACAGGUAAUCCUUUUGUUUGGUGUAUUCUACUCUGGAUUAAUAAAUCUAUGAGUCUGUCUUGUUUGUUUCAUUUGUAUUCUUUAUUCAAUGUUAUGUUUGUGUGUAUAAUGCAAUAUUUUGACAAUUCGUUUUUGCAAUAUAUAAAUUUUGUCCAUUUUUCUUAA